ACACCGAGAGAGAAUCGAUCUAAAACUAGGAGUCGCCGCAGUAACCGCUGGGAGGAAGCCACUGUUACAAUUUGCCCCCAUAUGCGCUAGUGAAAUCUUAGAUCGGGUAAUUGUACGGAGAGAGAGCAGCUAGAAUGAGGUGUUCCCGCGAGGUGGUCGUUCGCGUUCGGCCCGCGCGUUGAUUCGAGCUCGCGCGAUACGCCACGCCGAUAUCCGUGCUGAUACAGUGCGGAAAUCCACCGAACGAACCGAACUCAGUGCCGAGGCUGACCGAAAAGAGAGUAACGGAGAGGAAGCGACGGAUGUCUAUAUAGGGAGAGGGAGAGAGAAAGAGGGAGAAUCGCGAGGAGCGCGCCACAGAGACAGACGGAACUACUACAAGGGAAAGAGAGAAAGAGGAACAGGCCAAGAUAGAGGGAGAGGGAGAGAUACACGUAGAAAGAGAAAGAGAGGAAAAGAAAGAUAGAGGGAGAGGGAGAUCGAGAGCGCGAGAAGGACAGGAAGGAAGAGAGAAAGGGAAAGAGAAACGGUGUCGCAUCAUAAGGUGUUUCGGUGUACGGUGCACGAGACGGAGAAACGGUCGCGAGAAGAUCACGAAAGAGAAUUGGGUGAAAAUCGGAGAAAAUCGAGCAAGAAGAAAAGAAGCAGAGAGAGGAGAAAGACGGGAAAAAGACGUGUGAAUACAAGAGAAAUUCGAGAGAAAAACGGGACGAGGAAGAGAAAGAGAGAGAAAGAGAGAGAAGAAACGGAGAGAGGGAGAGAGAAAGAGAGAGAGAGAGAGAGAGCGCAAGCAAGGGUGGGCGGACAGUAGUGCACGAGAGCAUCCCGUCGCCACGAUAAUGCGACGUGCAGCUUCUUUACUCGUUCCUUCUGAAUAAGUGCUUGCUGGGACGGUCCCUUACCUGCAGGGAUAUGACGUAAUGGCAAGAGAGUUAAUUUCUGUGCAGGAGUUACGGACCAAGAGACCUUUUAAGAUAUGGGACAGUUGGCGUAACGUAAGAAAGGGACUGUGUGUUAGCAAUUUCGAGGAACUAAUACACCAGGGUAAGGAGAAACUGGGCGUGCCACAGAGCGAGAAUGUAUCCGUAGUGUUGGAAUCGGACGGUACACAAGUGGAGGACGGGGAAUACUUCAAGACCCUAGCGAAUAACACGAUUCUAUUGUUGCUAAGGCAUGGUGAACGUUGGUGUCCAACUGGAGUCGACAUCAUACGCGCUGCGAUUUCGGCCAUACCUAAAAUAGUCUGCGAAACGAUCCACGCCCUGGAGCUACACGAUGAGACACCCUCGUGGAAGAUCAUGGACAAUAAAGGACGAGUCACGGUGGUGCUACACUGGGAUCAGCGUUCAUCCACGUCUCAGGCCCAGCAACAGCAGAAAGGUCAAGACGUGCAGACCUCCAAGUAUUCGCCGACUAAGAAAACCGAUCUGAGUCAGCGGCCACCACUGGUCAUCCAGACAAGCCUGGACAAGCUCAACUACGCGGGGAAGCUGGGACAUCUGGCGGCCGAGGUCGGCCCCAGCCGUUACACCAGCCCCCACAUCACUGUGAUAAAUCAUGACGACAUGCAGCAGCAGCCGCAGCUGCAGCCCCAGCCCCAGCCCCACGGGAUCCCGGGCCGCCUGGUGAAGCAGGGAACCAACUCGUUCGACAGCACCACCAUUCAUAUCCACACGCCCGAGUGUUCGAACCACAUCCACCAGCCUGUGACGAGGAACGGGAGCCCCGUGAACGGAGCGGACGGCGGCGCGGUCGGGGAAUGCGACUUCCAUUGCUGCGCCCUCCACGAGGAGGGGCGUAGGAUCGCUGUUCACAAGUCUGUGGCCACGUCGCCUAUCCAGGACGCCCAACACCAGCAGUAUCAACAGCAGCAGCAGCAGCAGCCUCCUCCUCAUCAUCAUCCACCCCAGCAGCAGCAGACGCAGACCCAGACGCCAUCCCCCCAGCCCCCCUCCUCCCUGUCGGACGGGACGAGGCGAACGGGGCUGAGCAAAGGGCACGUGAGAUUCUGCGACACGGCCGACGAGGAGUCGAGCUCCCGGCUGGCGGGCAACUCGGCAACGGCGAGCUUUCAUCUCCAUCAUCAUCACAAUCAUCACCAGGAGCACGACAGCUCCGAGUCCGAGACCGAGAACACGAUCAUGGAGGACGAGAUCGUCACCUCGGAGAAAUUUUUACUGCUCAUCGACCAGCUCACCGUAGACCAGAAGCACUUAAGCAUCAAGGACAUAGGGAUCAUCUUGGAGCGGCUCAGCUCGAAGAUACUGGACGUGGAGCGGCUCGACAGGGAGAGCGAGAGCGAGGAGUGUUACAACUGGACGAUCAAGGCUAUCAUUAGGGGAGACGUGUUGAGGGAGCUCGGGGUUAUUUACAACGGGAAUUACUACGCGAUCUCGGAACACCCCGGAUACAAGGAGGAGUCCGAGGAGAAUAACGAGGAUAACGAGGAGGAGGAGGAGGAUAGACUUUAAUAUGAUGCUGUUUUACUAGAUAGAUAGAUAGUUAGAUAGAUAGAUAGAUAGUUAGUUAGAUAGAUAGAUAGAUAGAUAGAUUAUACACCUAUUAAUGGUUAUUAUUAAUAAUAAGUAUAUAUCGAGCUGCGGGGAGGGGGCUUAAAAAGAUGAAGAUUCGAAGAGAGAUUUGAAGAAGGAUUUUUGGAAGGAUUGAGGAAAAGAGAGAGAGAGAGAGAGAGAGAGAAAGAGAGCAAAUAUUUAAGAGUCGAAUUUGUUAUAAUUGUGUAUGGAUUUCCGAAUGGAGGGGAGGUCGGAGGAGGAUUGGAGGAUAAACGAACGGCGAAACGGUGAUUUUUUUUCAAAAUGUUUUCAUAAUAAAACAAAGGAAUGCGUCAUAAUAAAAGAAACCAAAAAAAAAAUAAUAAUAAUAAAAAUAAAAAUAAUAAUAAUAAUAAUAAUAAUAAAAUAAAUAAAUAAAUAAAUCAUACGAUACCUUAUUAAACUUAGUUCUAAAGACGGUUGUUGAAAUAUGUACUUAUUAAAUAGUAUGUAUACUUGUAGGAAACAUUUUUGGGAUUACGGACAUUGAUUCCGUAACCGUCCACAACACUGCCCUAUCUAAAAAAAAAAAAAAUAAAAAAAAUAAAAAACAGAAAGAAAAGAAAAAGGAGAUGAAAGAAGGAGAAACGAGAAAAGAAUGAAGCAACAGAGAUAGAUAGAAGUACUUACGUUUCACGACGUUUCCGUUCGUCGACGAAUAAUGAAGUGAAGAAAGGAAAAAGAGAAAAAAAAAAAAAAUGGUGGAAAAAUAUUUUCGUUCCUGAUCGAUCGUGGGGAACGUGUUCUAGUUUAUUAAGAAAAGAAAAAAGGAAUGAGAACGAUCGAGUGAAGAGAGAUACAUCGAUGCAUCUCGAUUUAUCUUUUAUCGUUCGUAUCGGGGAUAAUUUUGGAUUCCAGUUACACCAAAGGAUCGCUUUGGUUUUCCUUCUGUCGUCAGAGCGCGAAGGAUCUCUGAAAAAAAAAUACGAAAGUCGAGUCGUAAUAGAGCCGUUAUUAGGGUGUGUUUGGUUCCACACUUUGGUGGGUAGAAGGGUGAAUUCGAGAUGAAAAAUUUUGUUCCUUGUCAGUCUGUAAGAAACGAAUUAAAUCAACUGCCCGACUCUCGCUAUACGUAUAUAAAAACGAAACACGAUACUUAUUACACUCUACUCACAUGCAUAUACACACACACACACACAUACACACAUCGCACACAACACAUACAUGUUCAAUACGUGACACACAACACUCGUAUAGAUACAGAGAGGUAAAGAGUAAGAGAGGUAGGGACGAAGGGAAGAAGGGAAGAGGAGGAAAAUAGAUGCACGAGAUAAGAGAUGGAGGACCUCGUUCAGGAUUCAUCGUUAGCGGGUUUUGCGCUACCGAUAUAAGUGAUACCGAUACAUAAGAGUAUUAAUCGCGCCGAUAUAUAUAUGUAUACAGGAUAUCCGGCGUGCUCCGUGAAAACUUUGCAAUUUUAAUAUAUUUCUAUUGUAAGUAUAUUUGACACUGCGAACGGAGAGACACGACGAAAAUUUAUUCGAUAAAAAAAAAAAAGGAAAAAAAAAAAACGUAUUGUAGCGAUAUUACGUCAUUGCAAGAAAAAAAUCACACUUUAUACAUAACGUAUAUAUACACUAUAUAUAUAUAUAUACAUAUGAAUAUA